AUGACAGACUUACCUCAGGCGGCGUCCCGUUUCACGUCGCAGAACCAAACCACGAGCGAGCGGCUAAAGACAAACACGGUCGGCCUGGUUGCGCUCUCGGACUUUCGCAAGCGGCGCGCCGAUAUCCUUGAGCAGCAAGAGCGCGAAGCUCGCGAGGCGGCUCUCUCAACACGCACAAACAACUCGACACCUGACCGGUCGCUGACUGCAACGCCAAACAACGCGAGUGCCGAUAACAGCGAGCCAGAAAGGCAAAAGAAGAAGAAAAAGCGGGCUCGGGCGCUGGUGUCGUUUGGGGACGACGAGGAAGAGGAGGAUGCCGCCGGGCCCAAGAUUGUUACCGGCCGGGGAGCAGCGAAAAAGAACAAGGAAGAGGCUGUGGGCAACGAUGCCGGCAGCGGCGGCGAGGCUGCCGCAGAGAGUGUCUCCAGCGACGACCACGAUAAAGGGCAGAAGGGAUCCACUAAGAUUGCGGUCAACUCCUCAGUCGGCGUUGUGCCGCGGGCGCUGACGAAAGCCGCGCUACGAAGGGAAGCUGCAGAGAGAGAGGUGCUGCGUAAGGAAUUCCUCCUCCUACAGGCUGCCAUCAAGGCUACCGAAAUCGCCAUCCCCUUCGUUUUCUACGACGGCACCAACAUCCCUGGAGGUGUCGUGAGGGUUAAGAAGGGCGAUUUUGUCUGGCUAUUUCUGGACAAGAGCCGCAAGGUGGGCGCGCAGCUUGGGGUGGGUGCGGAUAAGAGUGCAAAUGCCAGGCGAGACUGGGCCCGCGUCAGCGUGGACGACCUGAUGCUCGUGAGGGGAACCAUGAUCAUACCACAGCAUUACGAGUUCUAUUUCUUCAUCAUCAACAAGACCAUGGGCACAAACAACAAGCCCCUCUUUGACUACAGCACCGAAGCUACGCCGACACAGCCGACGGCAGCCGGUCCAAGCGCAGCUGGCAUUAGCCGCGCGCCUGGUAUCUCUGAACUUGAAGGGGUAUCGGACGAUCCAACCAUCACGAAGGUGGUGGAUCGGCGGUGGUACCAGCGCAACAAGCACAUCUACCCGGCCAAUGUCUGGCAGACUUUCGACCCCGAGAAGGAUUACUCGAAGGAUAUCCGCCGAGACCCGGGAGGCAAUGCCUUUUUCUUUUCGAAAUGA